UGCGCAGUUAGCAGUCGCUGCUCCGCGGAUGCCUGCGGGAUUGGUCUAGGGAGACGCAGGGACCAAGUGGCAGCGAUUGGGACAUCUGAGCUGCCACUGCCGAAAACAGGCCCGCAAGACAGGUGCGUGGUCAUUUGGCUAUUUUCCUGCGUCCCUCUGCGCUCGAGCUGGGUCCUAUAGGUCAGAAGACUGACAGGUCUCACCAAACUAACAUCAAGGUGUUGACAGACAUCCCUUACUAGAAGCACUGGGAAGAUUCUGCUUCCUUGCUUAUUCAGAUAAUAAAUAUGCGUUUCCACGGCUUUCGGCUAUGUUUGGGUCUUCUGUUCAUCUCAAUUAAUGCAGAAUUUAUGGAUGAUAGUGUUGAGAUAGAUGACUUUGAUGAAAAUUCAGAAGAGAUUGAUGGUAGUGAAGAGGAACUUUCCUCAGAGAUUAAAUACAAGACACCUCAGCCUCUAGGCGAAGUAUAUUUUACAGAAACUUUUGAUAGUGGAAGGUUGGCUGGGUGGGUCUUAUCAAAAGCAAAAAAAGAUGAUACAGAUGCAGAGAUUUCUAUAUAUGAUGGAAGAUGGGAAAUAGAAGAGUUGAAAGAAAACCGAGUACCUGGUGACCGAGGACUGGUAUUGAAAUCUAGAGCAAAGCAUCAUGCAAUAUCUGCCAUAUUAGCAAAACCCUUCGUCUUUGCUGAUAGACCUCUGAUAGUUCAAUAUGAAGUAAAUUUUCAAGAUGGUAUUGAUUGUGGAGGUGCAUACAUUAAACUCCUAGCAGACACUGAUGGUUUGAAUCUGGAAAACUUUUAUGAUAAGACAUCCUAUACCAUUAUGUUUGGACCAGAUAAAUGUGGAGAAGAUUAUAAGCUUCAUUUUAUCUUCAGACAUAAACAUCCCAAAACUGGAGUUUUUGAAGAGAAACAUGCCAAACCUCCAGAUGUAGACCUUAAAAAGUUCUUUACAGACAGGAAGACUCAUCUUUAUACCCUUGUGAUGAAUCCAGAUGACACAUUUGAAGUAUUGAUCGAUCAAAUAGUUGUAAACAAAGGAAGCCUACUAGAGGAUGUGGUUCCACCUAUCAAUCCCCCCAAAGAAAUUGAAGAUCCCAAUGAUGAAAAACCUGAUGAUUGGGAUGAAAGAGUGAAAAUCCCUGAUCUUUCUGCCGUCAAACCGGAAGAUUGGGAUGAAAGCGAACCUGCUCAAAUAGAAGAUUCAAGUGUUGUUAAACCUGAUGGCUGGCUUGAUGAUGAACCAAAAUUUAUUCCAGAUCCUAAUGCUGAAAAACCUAGUGACUGGAAUGAAGACAUGGAUGGAGAAUGGGAGGCACCUCAUAUUUCUAAUCCAGCAUGUCGGGUUGGGUGUGGUGAGUGGCGAGCUCCCAUGAUAGAUAACCCAAAGUACAAAGGGGUAUGGAGGCCUCCAAUGAUAGAUAACCCUAACUACCAGGGUGUCUGGAGUCCUCGAAAAAUCCCUAAUCCAGACUAUUUUGAAGAUGAUCACCCAUUUCUUCUGACUUCUUUCAGUGCCCUUGGCUUAGAGCUUUGGUCCAUGACCUCUGAUAUCUACUUUGAUAAUUUUAUUAUCUGUUCAGAAAAGGCAGUAGCAGAUCGCUGGGCUGCAGAUGGUUGGGGAGUGAAAAUAAUGGUAGAAAAUGCUAAUGAGCCCAGUGUAUUCAAACAGCUCAUGGCAGCUACUGAAGCGCGCCCCUGGCUUUGGUUCAUUUACCUUCUGACAGCAGGGCUCCCAAUAGUGUUAAUUACUUCAUUUUGUUGGCCAAGAAAAGUAAAGAAAAAAUUCAAAGAUGCAGAGUUCAAGAAAACUGACAUAUGUAAACCACAAACGAAGGGAGCACUAGAGCAAGAAGUGAAGGAAGAGAAAGCAGCCCUUGAGAAACCAGUAGACUUGGAAGAGGAAAAAAAACAAAGUGACGGUGAAGUUCCUGAAAAAGAAGAAGAAUGUGAACCCGAGGAAAAGAGUGAAGAAGAUAUUGAAAUCAUAGAGGGACAAGAAGAAGGUAAUAAAUCAAAUAAGUCUGGAUCUGAAGAUGAGAUGAAAGAAGCAGAUGAGAGCACAGGAUCUGGAGACGGGCCAGUAAAGUCAGUACGCAAAAGAAGAGUUCGAAAGGAGUAGCCUGUAUUCAAGUAUUUUUAAUUCCUAAUAGAGUUGGCUUUCUAAAGUCGAUGUUCCAGAAUUGAACUUGAAUUAAUCUGCACAUCCUGUUUCUACUAUAUUGCAAUGUUAUUCUUCCAGAUAUUUAUUUUAAUUUCCUUUUUCAGAAAAGAAAGAAUUCUGAAGUUACCUGGUCUUUGAAUUUAGAAUUAAAAAAAAAAAGUGGCACGUUGCAUGUUAGGUUUUAAAAGAUUAAUAUCAGAAGUUAUGGAGUUUUAAUAGUUUUGGAGAAAGUUUUGGUUUCUACAGAGCAAAAUAAUAUGCAGCAGCUUUACUGCUAUUAGAAAAAUCAGCUAUUGGAAUUUCCUCUUAAAUAGUUUGACUACAGUAUAACUGGUAGUUUUGUAAUAUAAAUGAGAGUGUGUUCUGUUGCACAGAGCUAAAUGCAAUAAAGUUUCUGAACGGUUGUUUGAUUCUAUCAACAAUUGAAAGUGUUGUAUGUGGCCUACAUUUACCUAGUUUGUGUCAAAUUAUAGUUAUGAUCCUUUGUUCACUUAAAUUAUAGGAGCCUUUAAAAAGGUGCUUUGUUGACAGACAACUCAGCAAAACAGAAAUGUCUAUGUGUCAUUCAUAGAAUCACUGGUUAAUAGUGUAGCAUAUUUACAUUUGAAAACAGAGAUAAGAGGUUUAUCAAAACAAAAUGGUGUACAUAUUUUUUUUUAAGCUGUUAUAGUUGUUAUGCCAGAAUGGCUGACCCUCACAAGAUUGCUUAUGCUGACAUUGCUCUUGAAAAUAAAAUUUAAAAUAUUUCUCUCCUUUAAUGAUACCUUCAUUAAUAGGUAAAUUAUUGUUGGGGAGUCUUUAUUUUAUCUGACUAAGAGGUUCUAAAGGCUAAUAGGUAUUAUCACACUUUGAAUUUGUUGGGAAAAUAGAUAAAAAAUACAAAUCUAUUCUUAGUCUUUUGUCUCAUCUAACUUCAAAGCUGCCUGUAUGGUAGAUAGUAAUAACUAUGGUUAUUGCUUCUCUUUUUAAAGUACAGUUGACCCUUGAACAACACAGGUUUGAACUGUGUGGAUCACAUAUGCAGAUUUUUUUCUAAUAAAUUCUACAGUACUACA